UCCUGCAACUACUCGCAACGUUGCACGACGUAUCUGUGAAAGAGUUGCGUUUUUCGUGUCUAUCAAGGCUAACAUGGCUCCUCCGACGUACAACGACCUAGGAAAGAGUGCCCGUGAUGUAUUUGGUCAAGGCUACCACUUUGGUCUGUUUAAACUAGAUGUGAAGACCAAGACUAAUUCUGACGUAGAGUUCUGUUGUGGCGGUGUGUCCAAUCAGGAUACUGGAAAGGUGUUCGGUAACUUGGAAACUAAGUACAAGUUCAAGGAAUAUGGAUUGACGUUUAGUGAAAAGUGGAAUACUGACAAUACCCUUGGGACCGAAGUAACCCUUGCCAACAAGUUGCUCAAUGGUCUCACGGUUGGCUACAGCUGUACUUUCUCCCCACAAACUGGUUCCAAAACUGGAAAAUUGAAGACAACUUACAAACAUGAGAAUGUAUCUGCGACUGCUGACUUUGAUCUUAGUUUAUCUGCUGGACCUUUAAUUUAUGCCUCGGCCGUUGUGGGUUAUCAAGGAUGGUUAGGUGGCUAUCAAGCAUCCUUUGACUCGCAAAGAAACAAACUCACAAGGAAUAAUUUUGCUCUUGGAUUUACUGCUUCUGAUUUUACCCUUCAUAGCGCCGUGGAUAAUGGCCGUGAGUUUAGUAGCUCCAUUUAUCAUAAAAUAAAACCAGAUUUGGAAGGAGCAAUUAAUUUGGCAUACAAUUCCACUAAUAACGUAACGCAAUUUGGUAUUGGCGCAAAAUAUAAUCUUGACAAUGAUGCUAGCCUUAGAGCCAAAGUGAAUUCUAAUCUUCAAAUAGGUUUGGGAUACCAACAGAAAUUACGGAAUGGUGUAACUUUGACGCUUUCUACAAAUAUUGAUGGGAAAAACUUUGGUUCUGGUGGUCACAAAUAUGGUGUUGCAUUAGAUCUUCAGGCUUAAAUACGUAUCUUAUAAAGUAAUGCUUAUUACUUAAUAAAAAAAAAGCGAAAAUUUUAUCUUAUAAUAAAUAUUUUGUGACCUUCGUGUCAUAAAAAACCGACGUGACAGUACAUGCUUCAAAUAAAGUAUUAUCUGUAAUAUGUAGAUAGGUUGAUCCUUGAAUAGAUUCCACAAAAUAUCAUCAUUUGUGAUUAGUUGACAAGCACGUUAAUCUAUAUUAUACACAAUUAUGAUCAUAAGUCAGCAACAUUUCUUGUAAACGAUAUGAAAUCGCAAUUAUGUAUACAAGUUUGUACUGUUAGUCGUACUGGAGUUCCACGCAAUUUUUUUGUUCCUGUUAUGUAAUUGAAAGCCUUUUUAUCAAAAUCGAAGUACAUUAUUA